AUGACUGAGCACUUGUACGACAGGGACAAUCCUAAGUCUAACCUCAGAUAUAAGGGAACCGGAAUUGAAGGUCUCUUCUAUGGAGUCCCAAAUAUCAACGAGAGAGCUGAAAUGAUCGCCAGAGCCGUUGCUAAAGAAUCUGACGGUGACUUGACUAAGUUCGUCAUGCAAUCUCAAAAGCCAAGAGAUGUAGCACAAAAAUGGAGAACUUUCAAGAAUAUCGCCAGAUUCUUCAAAAAUCCAGUUGGAUAUGCUUACUGGAAGAUGAGACCACUCCACAAACAAAAUAGAGUCAGAGCUAUCUGGGUCAUUCUCGCUGCCCAACUCUACUUCAGUUUUGUAGCCUGGAUUGGUACCAAGAACAAGAAAGAGUCCAUGAUGGCCUUCUGGAUGCACUCCAUCGGUGAGACCAGCAAAGAACAAGGCUUGCCUCUCGACGCAAAGCCAUUCCCAGCAGAUAGACACAAAAACUAUCUGAGAUACUCGAACUUCCAUCAGAAGCUCAGGAACAAAAGAACCUCAAUGAUCUGGACUUCAUGGUGGUGCAGAGACCAGAACUUCAGAAAGUACUUCGAAAUGAGAAAGAAGCAUGGCAUCAGACCAUCUCUGUCUGGGUUCUACCAUGAGAAAAUUUACGAUGACUACAUCAAGAGUCGUGUGUCUUUGCACAAGAAGAACCAGAUGAGAGAUUAUAGUUAAAAUCAGUGCAUGGCUAUCAAUAAAGUCGAU